AUGCCAAGAUCAAGUCGACGUCGAAUUCGGUUAAAUAAAUCUAACAAAAUGCGUUGGUCUAUGAAAAAAAUAGCAAUUGAUGAUCAUAGCAGUGACGAAGAUGUUAAAAUGGAUUCAAAUGAAAUGAUUGUUGAUGAUAAUCUUAAAGAUAUCGGCCAUGAUGAAAGUACGUUUAGAUCCGGUGAAGUGACUUCUAGAAGAUGGAUCUCAAAUGAAACAGCACCUUUAUUUUCGAAAGGAAGAGGACGUUCUUUAAUGUUAUCUGAUUUCAUGGUAUGCCAUCCUUCGGGACCAUUUUUUUAUUCAAACGAAGAUGAGUGGCAGAAGGCAAUUACCAAAUUUCCAGAUUUAUUAAAAAAUAAUGAUAUUAACUAUAUUGAUCGUACGUCAACAGCAGCAAUCAAUGUGGGAGCUGAUGCAUAUUUCGAUAAUGAAACUGUACUAUUACAAUUCCAACGCUUACUCAAGAUGUUGAAGUUUAAAACUGACUACAAAGAUCAUGACAUUGAUGUUUUAUUGGACAACGCUCGUAAACAUACAGCAUGUCAAUAUAAUCUUAAUGAUUUUCGUAAAAAUAUUGACAGCAGGUGUCCAGUUGAUGUUAUCGAGGAUUACGAUGAAAAUGAUAUUAAGAAAACGAUACAACGGUUUUUCAGUUCGGAUCCACAUGAAAACAAAAGUAAAGGAUUAUUAGAAUAA